GCGCGGGGCGCGCGCCUCGCAGGGCUCUCCCCUCCGGCGGGGCCUCGCCGCCGCCGCCCGCGAAGGGAAAUGAAACCCGAUAUUAGAACCGGGGAAGCCCUUACCCUUCCCAGUCCUCCAGCCAGCUCAUGUGUCUUAGAUCGGAUGAAUUUACCAUUAAAAACAUAGAUUGUCUUACAACUCAGUUCGUUUUAGGAUGACGGGUUACAUUUUAACUUGCAGGGUAUAUAACAGACGAUUAAACUUGAGUUAUCAAAGGCAGCUGACUCCAGGCUGUCACCCUUGAUCAAGUGGCCACGGCUGAGGGGCGAGGCUUUAAGGGAAUGGGUCGGUUCCUAAUUCUGUACGAGUGCCGUCUUCUGUUCUAGGUCCUUGACAAAGACCCAUCGCUGAGUGAAGCUCUAGUGCAGUGCGUUCAAGCCAAGAUUUUAUAAGCGACAUUUUCAAACUAUGUGAAGAUCCGUUUAAAGAAAAUUUAUUCUUCUGUGAUGGAGAAGUAUGAAAAAAUUGGGAAAAUUGGCGAAGGAUCCUAUGGAGUUGUUUUCAAAUGCAGAAACAGGGACACGGGUCAGAUUGUGGCCAUCAAGAGGUUUCUGGAAUCAGAAGAUGACCCUGUCAUAAAGAAAAUCGCCCUUCGAGAAAUCCACAUGCUCAAGCAACUCAAGCAUCCCAACCUCGUCAACCUUAUCGAAGUCUUCAGGAGGAAGCGGAAGCUUCACCUGGUGUUUGAAUACUGUGACCACACGGUGCUCCACGAGCUGGACAAACACCAAAGAGGGGUACCAGAACAUCUUGUGAAGAGCAUAACUUGGCAGACAUUGCAAGCCGUAAAUUUUUGCCAUAAACACAAUUGCAUACACAGAGACGUAAAGCCAGAAAACAUCCUCGUCACAAAACAUUCUGUGAUUAAGCUUUGCGACUUUGGAUUCGCUCGGCUUUUGACUGGACCGAGUGACUACUAUACAGACUAUGUGGCCACCAGGUGGUACCGCUCCCCAGAGCUGUUGGUGGGGGACAUGCAGUACGGCCCCCCAGUAGACGUUUGGGCAAUUGGCUGUGUCUUUGCUGAGCUGCUGUCAGGAGUGCCUCUGUGGCCCGGAAAAUCAGAUGUGGAUCAGCUCUAUCUGAUUAGGAAAACCUUGGGUGCUGUAAGCUGCCUGAGGCUGAGAUCCUGUCUUUUAUUUCUAUUUAUCCUCCACCAACAUCUGCACACAGUAGGCAGAGACCUCAUUCCUAGGCACCAUCAAGUAUUUAGCACAAAUCAGUACUUCAGUGGGGUAAAAAUUCCAGACCCUGAAGAUAUGGAACCACUUGAAUUAAAAUUUCCAAACAUCUCUUAUCCUGCCCUGGGGCUCUUAAAGGGCUGUCUCCACAUGAAUCCUGCCGAGAGACUGACAUGUGAGCAGCUGUUGGGGCAUCCGUAUUUUGACAGCAUCAGAGAAAUAGGGGAUUUGGCAAAAGAGCAUGAGAAAUCAACAGGGAAGACCCUAAGACAGAGCCGAAAGCACCUGCCGCGGUUGCAGUACCUACCUCAGCUGACUAGCAGCAGCGUCCUCCCAGCUCUGGAUAACAAGAAGUACUACUAUAACACCAAGAAACUUAACUACCGUUUCCCAAACAUUUAAAGAGCUUGGAGAUGGAUAACAAAAAAAGAAUUGAUCAUUAAUUUGAAUAAAACAUAUAUUUGAUUGAAAGCAAUCACAAUGUUGAAAAAAACAUCAGGAGAAAACAUAACUAACUGGGGGAGGCCACUUGGCAAGACGUGAAGGGAAAUUCCAGAGGCAGUGUUCCAUGCUUGACGAUGGUGUCCAGAACAGAAAGGAAAAACUUCUUUGGAUUUUCACUUUUAUUUUUGUUCUAUCUAAGUAGCUGAGCUUAUGGACAGAAUAUAAACUAUCUACUGCACUCGCCCAUACCUCCAGCAAAAUUAGAGAUAAAAAAAUUUAUGCUUCAAUUGCACCAUACGCAACAAGUGAAAGAAUGGAUUACAGAAUGCCCAUAUAUGUUUCCUUGGAUCUCUGUUGCUUUGAGUCCUAUCUCCUGCCUUUUCAGAUUUUCUCAUCGUAUUUAAGGAGAGUUAAGGUUCUUGAAACCAAAAUGUUUAAAAUUCCAUUUCCUGCUUGCUCUAGCUCUUGAUUUUUAUAUAUUGAAACUUUUUUGAAUAUAUGAGAUGUUUAAAAUAUUUAAAAUCAUAUGGAUUAUCAUAAAAGACUAUAAUUUACAUGCUUAUAUAUUUAAUGAUAUGUUUAUAGACAUUUCUUACAUAUACUUUGGUCUUUACCUUUAGUGAAGGAUGCAUCUUAGUCAUUUUUGCAGGCAAGAUGAUUUACUAUAAUCCAUCUACACUUUUUCACCCAAUUCCCCUUGCAAACAAUGGCAUGAAGCUUGGCAGCUGACCCAGGGGUAGAACAAGAUCCACAGGCUUCACAGGAACUGGGCCUGCCAGCCUGAAAGUAAUUAGUACUUCAUUCUCUCCAGCUCAGCCUCAGACUUGGAGACAGAGAUACUGGCAGGACUAUAGUGAUCUGGGUUUUGGAAGAAACUGCUUAUGAGCUUUUACUUGGGUCAUAAAAGACAUAAGGUUAUAAGCUGAUGUUUUCCCUGAAAUAUCUUUUUAGUGUGUAUGUGUGUAUAUCCGUAGUGCACACACAUAUAUAUGUGUGUGUAUAUACCAACCUAACAACUAAAAGUUAACUAAUAAGAAAAUAGACCAAAAUGAUAUUAUUGAGAAUUCCUAGCUUUGUACAGUGAUACUUAAAAUGACAACAUGUAACUAGCUUUGAUUUGGCCUAUUGCUCCUAUUCAAAAAGCUUUUUCAUCCUUGUCCCCUGGACACAAGGGCAAUAUGAAGCUGAUGUCUGCUGCUUAUUGCUCAACCCCAUUUUUGAUUGAUGUGCUGCUAUUUCCUAGCAGUCCUCAGCCAUGGUUUUUGAAGAUGUAUUUUACUGUAUCUUCAAAACCUUUCUUCUGCAUUCUCAGUUUACUGCUAUGUUAAUUUUCUUCAUGAGAGCAUUUGACCUUAUUCACUUACUGUUAAGUAAUCCACCAAAUUCUGGCAUCUGUUCAAUAAUUUUGGCUACCCCAGCCAGUUUAGUGAUAUCCUGAGGCUUCCUAAUGUAUGUAGCUUCUUGCAUAGAGCUGAUAGUGGGUUAAAUACUAGUCACAGUAUAAUCUAAUUCUUGUUAUGCAGACUUGAUUCAAAUGACAAAGAAGGACAUCCAGCUUCUGCUAAUAGUUUACAUUUUGUGUUUUUCCUUUUUUCCUUACCCCCAACUGUGUACCUGACGAGGCAGAUGACUAUAACUCCCUAAUUUAUCCAGUAGUUUUAAGGAAUACCAUUCAGAGUAGAAAAGUAGCUCCAGACUAACCUGUGGUCAAUCAGUUGCUUCAUCACAUAGUAAUCAAACAAGGCUGAGAUAGAAGUGGUCAUUUGUUUCUAAUGAGUUCUAUUAAAUAUAUGCUUAUACUUAAUUUAA